CAACAACAAGUUGAGCUCUUCAAGGAUUAUACGAGUAAAUUCGACCUCCUGGAGUAUUUUUCAAGCCGAAACCAUUAACGGUCCAGUGAUAUAUAGAUACAGCGUAUCCAUUCGAGUCAUGGCGCCACACCGUCUGAGGGCCACGAACGUGGUCUGCACUCGGAACUCGAAGCAGUGGUCGCGCCUGUACAUCAUCUCGUGGAUCAACAAGACCCUGAAGAGCGAGGUGCAGAAGAUCGAGGAGCUGUGCACGGGCGCCGCCUACUGCUGCCUGAUGGACAUUCUGUUCCCGGGCCUUGUCCGCAUGAACAGGGUGAAGUUCGUCUGCAAUCAGUCGGUGGAGUUCAUUGAGAACUUUCGCGUGCUCCAGCAGAGCUUCAAUGCGGUGAACGUCAACACGCCCAUUGACAUCGAGCUGCUGGUGAAGGGACGCUUCCAGGACAACUACGCCUUCGCCCAGUGGUUCAAGCUAUUCUUCGAUAGGAACUUCGAGGGGAUGCCUCCCAAAUAUGAUCCAUUUGCGGCUCGCGGCUUCAUGCCCAUCGGGAUCGGGCAGUCGAACCUGUUUACCGGGAAUCGUGCCCGCUUCAUUUCGCCGCUCAAGCCACAGGAGCCGAGAUUCAUCAAACUGACGCGCAGCAGGACGCUCAUCAUGGACGAUGGGUCUGAGCAGCCGCUGGGCGAGCACCCUCAGCCGUCCGGCGCUGCUGCCGCCAUUGGCAGACUCCCGAAGCGACAGCCAUGGAGAGGAGUCUGGGGCAACCCGAGGGACAGCACCGGCACUGGCGCGCCCAAGGGGUCCGUCCAGGCGACAAGGACGCAGCCCGUUUCGCGGGUGAGGCCCGAGUCCUUGCGACCGCAACAGGGUCAGACUGGAUUGGCUGGGGCACGGGCAGGAUUGCCGAACACAAUACGGGUGCAGCCGAUAGUCUCACGUGCUCCGGGCGCAACCCGCAUACAGGCGCGCCAGGAGGAUGCCUCCCCCAGUGAGUUGUUGAAGUCGCGUAUUAAGAACUUACCUUAUCUGAUAUUACCGAUACCCGACUCCUUGUCGCCACACAGUGACCUGACAGUGAUAUUGCACAAUGCCCCACAAGAAGCGAGCGAGGAUGCGGAGGAGAUGGAGGAGCAGGUAGAUGAGAUGGCGCAGGCAGUGGCGGAGGGGGAGGAGGAGGAGGAGGAGGGGCCGACGCCGCGGUCACGGCUCCUUCGCAUUCUGGAGAUAUUCAUGCCGAAAAAGAGUCCAGGCAGCGAGAAGAAUUAGCUAGUCCAGCAGUCGGCGGCUCAGUCCAGCGGUGAGGUCACAUCGCGCCCUGAAAAAGGACGCCAACGCAUCAGCAUUCGACACGCCCACCCCGACGAGACGCCGCUGCACAAUCCUAUGAGUUCAUCUACUAAGUGUUAAUAAAAAAGAAACCAGACA